AUGUCCAUCACUGAAAAUAAUAAACAACCACACCGGGUCCUCCUCGUCAGUGUACCCCGCACUGCCUCAAAUCUACUCCUGAAAAUCCUCAACAUCCCCAACCAACCCAAUGUCCUCACCAGCCCAAAAGGCGGCUACUUCUUCUACGAUGCCUUCAUGACAACUGGCCGGGACGGUCGCUUAGACAAGCCGCUAGAGGAAUGGACAACAGAGGCGAAGAACGAAACCAAAGCCGCCAUCCAACAAGGCUUCGACGAAAUAGAAGCCUACUCCACCCGAGCAAGCGCCGAGAACAAGAUAAUGUUCGCCAAAGAACAUGCCUUCUGGUUCCUCAACCCGGGCAAUUUCAUGAGCACCGUCAACGGCACUGAAAGCCCCGACCACUUGAAAGAGUUCAACGUAUCCACGCCAGAACGAUACGGGCCCUCGCAGACUUUCUCGGCCAAUAACAAAACCGUCAUGUCAGACGAAUACCUGCGCACCUGGCAGAUAGUCUUCAUCAUCCGUCACCCGGCACUAGCAUGGGCAUCGAUGUACCGGGCUAUGCUCAAGUUAUCUAAGGUCGGAUUCAUUGAUGACGAUGGUAUGAGGGGUGCGACGGUCACAAAUAUGACCAUGAAAUGGACGCGGAAGUUGUUUGAUUGGUGCCUUGAGCAGCCGGAUGAGCCUGUCACGCCUUUGGUCAUCGAUGCACAUGAUAUCAUCCAUAACCGUGGUGCAGUGGUUAAGUUCUGUGAGAGGGCUGGCCUGGACACCGCGUCCAUGCAGUUUGAGUGGAAUGGCAAUGAGAAGAAGUCUGAGAACUGGGCGCCUGAGAAUGCGAACAUGGGUAAUCCUGAGGAGGUGGAGAUGCAUAAGGUUGCUGCUUCCAUCAUGUUGUCAACUUUAGAGGACUCUACUGGUGUUGUGAAGGAUAAGGCUCCUGCGUCAGUUGAUAUCGAUGCAGAGGUUACUAAGUGGCGUGUCGAGUUUGGGGAUGAGGUUGCCGAAAUGCUUGAGAAGGCUACCCGAGAUUCCAUGCCGGAUUAUGAGUAUUUGAAGGCCAACAGGGUUACUGUCUAA